AUGCCCGCCGAAACCCGCGGCUCCGUCCGCCAGCGCAAGGCGGCAGCCGUCCGGGCAGAACAGGAGCCGACACCGCGCGUCGUCGAGCUCAACACCUCCGACGAUGAGGAGGAAUUCAUCAAGAACGGAACGGGCCCCUUGCAGCAGGAGCCCCGGCCCAAGCCCACCCCAAAGGCCCGCGUCAAGGCCGACGACGACGAGUACAGCCCCUGGCUCGAUGUGCUGCGCGUCCUCACCUUCCUGGUGCUCGCCGGCGUCGGUUUGAGCUAUCUCAUCUCCAACGGGACCACAUUUGGCCUCGAUAAGCUGGCCAAGCAUCCGCCAAAGUACUUUAGAAAGGACUGGUGGACAGAGCAAUUUAAAACGCCGCUCCAACUCACACCAGCCGAGCUAUCCGCCUACGACGGCAGCGACCCAGAGAAGCCCAUCUACCUCGCGAUCAAUGGCACCAUUUACGACGUGUCAGCGAACCGACGCACCUACGGACCGGGCGGCUCGUACCAUGUCUUUGCAGGCGUGGAUGCAGCGCGCGGAUUCGUCACGGGCUGUUUCGCCGAUGACCGGACGGCGGACCUGCGCGGCAUUGAGGAGAUGCACAUUCCCCGCGACGACCCGGAGGUUGACUCACUAUACACGGCCGCGGAUCUCGAGGCCCUCAAGGUGCGCGAGCGCGCCGAGGCCGAGCAAAAGGUCCGCGACCAGCUCUCCCACUGGGUCAACUUCUUCGCCCGCAGCCCAAAGUACCCCCACGUCGGCACCGUUAAGCGUGAGCCCGGCUGGCUCGACAAGGAGCCUCUCAAGCCUCUGUGCGAGCAGGCUCAGAAGGGAAGGCCGAAGAGGAAGGCGCCCGAGACAAACUGA